GCGCGGGCCGUUGACGGCUUUUGUUUCUCGAGACAGCCGCCCGGGCUGACCUUCCUUCCCGGAGGAGGGGCUGUCUGUUCAGCUAGCUUUAGUCGGGGAGCGAAGAAGCAGAGGUUAAUGACGUCAGCGGUCAUGUAUUCCUAUGAUUUUUUUUUUACUCCCGCGCGGCAUUUCUGAAGGACGCGGUUCCGGACUGUCCGGUCCCUGAAGGCCACACGCGGCGUUUGCGUCCUGACUGACAGCCGUCUCCGGGCUGCAGCCCCCCAGUCAGAGUCAAACCAGCGCGAGGCUGACUGUGAUCAAAGUCCUCAGGCCGAAGCAGCUGUAAUCAUGCUGACCCGGAGGUUCUCCUAAAAAUGAUUCAAUCUCCUGGUGUUGGUCAAUCCCAUCUCUGAUGUUCUCCUGCUACUUUUAAAGAUGACUACUUCAUGGAGUGACAGACUGCAGAACUAUGCAGACUUGCCUGCCACCAUGGACGGCCUGGCCAUGAAGAAGUACAGGAGGGAGCCUUACCACAGGAUCUUCGUCAACAGGAGUUUGGCGAUGGAGAAGAUCAAGUGUUUCGGCUUUGACAUGGAUUACACCUUAGCAGUGUACAAGUCACCUGAAUACGAGUCUCUGGGCUUUGAGCUGACGGUGGAGCGGCUGGUCUCCAUCGGUUAUCCCCAGGAGCUGCUCAGCUUUGUCUACGAUCCGUCCUUUCCCACCAGGGGCUUGGUGUUCGACACCAUGUACGGGAACUUGCUGAAAGUGGACGCUUACGGGAACAUCCUGGUUUGUGUCCACGGUUUUAACUUCCUCCGAGGGCCCGACACCCGUGAGCGGUACCCGAACAAGUUCAUUCAGAGGGACGACACCGAGCGCUUCUACAUCCUCAACACGCUCUUCAACCUCCCAGAAACCUACCUGUUGGCCUGCCUCGUGGAUUUCUUCACCAACUGUGACAGAUACACAAGCUGUGAAACCGGCUUCAAAGAUGGCGACCUCUUCAUGUCCUACAAGAGCAUGUUCCAGGACGUCCGCGACGCCGUCGACUGGGUCCACUUCAAGGGAACGCUGAAGGAGAAGACGGUGGAGAACAUGGAGAAGUACGUUGUGAAAGAUGCCAAGCUGCCCCUUCUCCUGAGCAGAAUGAACGAGGUCGCCAAGGUUUUCUUGGCGACCAACAGCGACUACAAGUACACGGAUAAAAUCAUGACUUACCUGUUUGACUUCCCCCAUGGCCCACAGCCUGGCACCCCCCACCGCCCCUGGCAGUCGUACUUUGAUCUGAUCCUGGUGGACGCCAGGAAGCCCAUGUUCUUUGGGGAGGGGACGGUGCUCCGUCAGGUGGACACGACUACGGGUCGUCUAAAAAUAGGAACCUACACCGGACCUCUGCAGCAUGGGAUAGUGUACUCUGGAGGCUCCUCAGACACUGUGUGUGACUUGCUGGGGGCCAAAGGGAAGGACAUCGUCUACAUCGGGGACCACAUCUUUGGAGACAUCCUGAAGUCCAAGAAACGUCAGGGCUGGAGAACAUUCCUGGUGAUCCCUGAGCUGGCCCAGGAGCUGCACGUGUGGACCGACAAGAGCUCUUUAUUUGAGGAGCUGCAGGGCCUGGACGUUUUCCUGGCAGAACUCUACAAACAUCUGGACAGCAGCAGCAACGAGAGGCCAGACAUCAGCACCAUUCAGAGGAGAGUGAAGAAAGUCACUCACGACAUGGACAUGUGCUACGGCAUGAUGGGAAGCCUUUUCCGCAGCGGCUCUCGACAGACGCUGUUCGCCUCCCAGGUGAUGCGUUACGCCGACCUGUACGCCGCCUCCUUCAUCAACCUGCUGUACUACCCCUUCAGCUACCUGUUCAGAGCCGCGCACGUGCUGAUGCCACAUGAGUCAACGGUCGAGCACGCGCACGUGGACAUUGACAUGGAGUCUCCACUCGCCACACGAAACCGCACCCACUGCAGCGACUGCAAGGAGCUGGAGAGCAAACGCCACCAGCUGACCCGCUCCUUCAGCGAGAUCAAGCCCCCCAACCUGUUCCCCCAAACGCCCCAGGAGAUCACCCACUGCCACGAUGAGGAUGAUGACGAGGAGGAGGAAGAGGAGGAGUAAUAGACUGGAUGUGCAGAGAGGUGUUCUCUGCUCCUGACGCCUCAUGUUUGCCAGCAGAGAUUCUGUUGGAAGGAAAUCUUCCUCCUGUAGAGACCUGGAAGCAAGUCCAAAACCAGGAACUGAACUAACAAGCUGCACCCGAGCAAACAUCCAACACUAAGUGAGGCGUCGGCCUGCAGAGCCGCAUCCAAACAACUGUUUACACUUCAGUCCAGCUCAUCUUUACUGUAAUUCUAACUUUAGGCAGGAUAAAAGUGGAACUCGAAUCUAAGAAACCCCUACAGUGUGAGGUCUGAGUCUCCAGUAGAGUACAGCAGAGCGUCCUCUUCUAUAUGUUUGUCUCUCAACUUCUCAAGAGGAUCUGGAUCUGCCAAAGUGGCCUGACUGAGACUUCAGCAUCCUGAGAGUAACAAACCAUCUGCUGUGAAACAACCGAGCUGCUCAACCAAUAUCUGCUGUAUGUGCAGGCUCAAGAUUUCUGUCUGCGCAGAGUGUCUGCUGUCUGCCAGAGAACGGCAUACACUGUCUGCACAAACGGAGUGUCUGAUGUCUGCCAGAGAAGGCAAACGCUGUCUGCGCAAACGGAGUGUCUGAUGUCUGCCAGAGAAGGCAAACGCUGUCUGCGCAAACGGACUGUCUGCACAAACGGAGUGUCUGAUGUCUGCCAGAGAAGGCAAACGCUGUCUGCGCAAACGGAGUGUCUGCGCAAACGGAGUGUCUGCUGUCUGCCAGAGAAGGCAAAUGCUGUCUGCGCAAACGGAGUGUCUGCGCAAACAGAGUGUCUGCUGUCUGCCAGAAAACGGCAAACACUGUCUGCGCAAACGGAGUGUCUGCGUAAACAGUGUUUGCUGUCUGCCAGAGAACAGCAAAUGCUGUCUGCGCAAGGAUAGCACCUGAUGUUUUGCACAGAGAGCCAUCCUUGCACACAAAGCAUCUGCGUAGAGAAAUCACAUGUUAUCUGCGCAAGGACAGUGACUGUUUGCUGUCUGCAUGAGCACUGCAUCUGCUGUCUGCGCAAAGAGAGCAUCUGCUGUCUGCGUAAGGACAGCGUUCUCUCUCUGUACCUGAAAAGUGUAUGGCGUUUCUGGGUGGACAGCAUCUAUUCUAGCGCAUGUUGUCUUCACAGGAACAGUAUUAGCUGUCUGCAGCUUUUUUGUAAAAAAGAGGACAACCACUUUUUAUUUUUCAUGAAACCUGUCUUUUUUUUUUUUUUUCGGAGAGGGGUUGUUGGUCAUAAGGGGGGCUGCAGCACAGGACAGAUGAUUGUGUGAGUGGAUGUUUGUGAGGUGCAUGUUGGGAACAUGAAAGUGUUAAAAAGUGAGGAGUUUGGGGGAUGUUUUCAGUUAUGGUGUGUUCAGGGUUUCUGUGUGCCUCUUUGCGCUGUGAAGGACCUUUUCAUGUCCCUAAAGAUGCUCCUCAACAAAAAAGACAGCAGGUUGUCCUGUUGGAGUAUCAUGAGGGAACCAGAGGGAUUUUAUGACUUCAGAGUUAUAGGUUAAUCCUUAAUCUGCAUUAUUUUAAAACCAUUUUUGAUGUUAGAUAUUUUCAGAAAGUGCUGGUCCUUCUUCUGACACUCCUCUGCAUUGCAGGGUCUUGUCUGUGUUCCAAACUCAUGUUCAGUUGGCUGCAGUUCACAGCAUUACAGCGGUAUCACUGAAUCACAAGACAUCCAGGGAUAAACUAUUUAGACUUUUGGAUUCAAUUUUUUCAUCAAUAAAUAACUAAGAAAAAAUAGGGAUUUAGGGUCAUUUGGUAGAGAAAGUUUUGGUGAAAAAAUAUUUGAAGAAGCGGGAAACGCCAAUCAGCCUCUCUUCUGCAGCUCAGGGUUCCGCACAGAGCGGGCGCUUUAGCGUGCCCUCACGACCAGCGUCAGUCCUGUAAAUGUUUGGGCCUCAAAGGGAAAAAAACUGCUCCUGCACACAUCGGUGUGGUUUGCUGUGGAGUAGAUCGGUGAAGCGGAGCUUUUCUGAGUUAAUGGUUAAAAGAACAAGCGUGUGUGUUUUUAUGAAAGAACCAGUUUUAGUAUCAGGCAGAUGUGCGUCAUAUUCAUUCUGCUAUAUCACUUUUAUUCUACUGUUUUCCAUCAUUUAAAAACAUGUUAUGUCUGUUUUUUUAUUGUUACUGUAGUUUACUCCACAAAACUGCACAUUUGUACAAACGGUUUGAAGUGAAGGAAGUGUGAAAUGAAGCAUCAUCCAUAUUUUCAGCUCCAUCAGGUUCUUGUUUUUCUAAGCUUGUUUUUUUAAACGGUUUGCUUCACGAGCUGUAAAUAGACUUUUUCUUUCAAAGUCACAUCCAUGUUUUUGUACUACACAUCUGUAACUCCAGUUCUCCUGGAAAAGGCCUUUAGACGGGUUCUCCUUCGUCCUGAUGCCAAGAAUUCCUGUGUGCACGCCAACGGGCGCAGCCUGUUGUUUUCUAAUCUGAAGUGAUUUUUGUUUCCAUGCAAACUUUUCUCCUGGAUGAUGUUUUGUUUGUAUCCAGAAAAAAACCCUUCAGACUGUACAACGAGUUAGGAAUAUAAAUCUAGAAUAAAUGUAGUUUGUUAUAAA